UUAUACCAGUAAAACAUCUUUCUCUUCACUUGUAAUUUUUAUCAUCUCUGUACUUUUCCUUCACACAAGAGCCCUUCAAUCUUUCUCUUGUGCAUUCUUUCUUGAAGUUUUGUAUUAAGUGUUUCUUUUCUGAGGUAUUCCUUCCUUUCAACAUCUCUCAAUCUUUGUAUCAACUUUAUGCAUUUGUCUAUACUUUAUUAUAGAUUAGCUCUUACAUAUAACUAUCUGAAUCAUGUUUUAGCAGUAGCACCAUCAAGAUUUAGCUUGUAGGAUUUGGACAAACAAAGGAAUUUGGAAAGGAGUUCAUAUUUUGAAAUAAAGAGAAAAAUUCAUGGCAUCUCUUACACCAGGAGUACUACUAAAGCUUCUUCAAAGUAUGAAUUCAAAUGUGAAAGUACGGGGAGAGUAUCGGUCAGUUCUGCUACAAGUCAUUAGUAUUGUGCCUGCCUUGACUGGCUCAGAACUCUGGCCUAACCAUGGUUUCUUUGUUAAAGUAUCUGAUUCCUCGCAUUCGACUUAUGUAUCAUUGUCAAAGGAAGACAAUGAGCUAAUUUUGAAUAACAAGUUACAACUUGGUCAAUUUUUCUAUGUUGAUAGAAUGGAAGCAGGAACUCCAGUUCCAAUCCUAGUUGGUGUUAGACCAAUUCCAGGAAGGAACCCUUUUGUGGGAAAUCCUAAAGAUUUGAUGCAAAUGUUGGUUCCAUCUGAGGGUCCAGUACCAGUUGAUAGUGAAGGAGUUAAUUCUUCAAAAUUGAAGGAGUUAUUGGAAGGGAAAGAAGAGAAUUCAAGACAGAAAAUUGUAAUAAAGGAAGAAAAAGCUGCUGUUGCUUCUAGGUAUAUGCAGGGUGUUGUGACUGCAAGUCCAAAAGCAGGCGGACUGAAUUUGAAUGGAGAUGGGAAGAACAUUGAGACAGAGAAUAAUGGAGCAGGUAAUAAGAAAUCAGGAUUAGUUAAAGGCAAGCAGCAAGAAAAUAAAGGUCAGGAAUUAGCAUUGCAGACAUGUCCAACUAGUCCUACUUUCAGAAAUCGACCAGAGUCAGUUUCAUCAAAGCCAGAGGUUGCUAUAUCCAAUGCGAAAAAGACUCCAGAGCUUUCCAGGAGCAUGUCUGCAAAAUCCUCAUUGAAUAAACUGGAAAGCACAAACUUAAUCUCUUUGUCAAAUAGUUCAGAUAAAAACUUUGCUUCCGAGUCAACAUCAUGGACUUCUCUGCCUGCAGGCCUCUCAAAGCUUGGAAAGGGAAUGCUUAGAAGGAGAUAUCUUGCUUCUCUGGUUGCAGCAGAAGCUCAGAAAGAAGCAUCAACUGCUGCAUCUUUAAUCAAGUGCCUCAAUAUGUUCGCUGAUCUUCGCUCUUCAGCCUCACCAGAGAACCCCCAUCUCUCUCUGACCAAGUUCUUCACACUGCAGCAGCUCAUCGACCAACUGAACACAACCACCCCAUUAAAAGAUAAGUCAGAUAAAUCAGUUCAAAUAUUCACCCACUUUUCAUUUCAAGAAACUCAAAAAACUAGCAAAAAGAUAGGUCUAAGUCAUGCUAAAAGUAUAUUGAAGACUCGGAAGUCAUCAAUGGAGGUAAACACGACUGAAAGGCUGGAGUGGGCUAAAGGUGACUGUGCGAAAGACAUCAAAGAACUAAGAGAGUCUCUCCUAAAUGAUACAAGAACUUGGUUUUUGAAAUUCUUGGAAGGAGCCUUGGACACUGGGUUCCGUGUUGCUACACAGGAUAAGAAGGGUAAAGAGAGUGCAGGGCGGCGAAUGGAGCCAGAGAACAACCACAUUGCUGUCACAUUGUCGCAGCUCAAGCAUGCAAAUGUAUGGUUAGAUAAAUUAAGAAACAACUUGAGCUCUGAAACCAAUGAUGGAUUAUUGGAGAUUGUUGAUCGGCUGAAGCAAAAGGUUUAUUCUUGUUUGCUAGCGCAUGUAGGUUCAGCUGCAUCAGCACUAGAAAAUCGAACUGAUAGAGGUUGAUGCGUAUAAAAGGGGGUUGAAGGUCAACUUUUAUUUAUCUCCAUUGUCCAAAGAUAAAUUAUUUAGUGAUCUUGAUUACAAUCAAGGAUAAAUAGAGCCAUACAAUGCCAUCGCAAGUUUGGUCAAUCAUAUUUAUGAAUGAAAAGUAUGUAUGAAUUUAUAUGUUCAUGUAAUAAGGCCAUUUACAGGCUAACAGAGUGAAAUUUGUGAAGCUUCCCGAAUAGAUCCUCUCUCUCUGUCUCUCUCAUGUACAGAUAAUCUAACAGCAAUCAUAUUGAUAUGGUAGCAAAAA